ACAGAUGGGUAUUGGCAACAUAAAUAAAAGCAUGGACGGAAAUUUCGAUACAAACGAGGGUGCCUCGGUGAUUUCCAGAGAGUGCACUCCUGCGGAACACCCUCUGACACAAAGUUACUAUCACGGGAUAUGUCCAUCUCCUCUCACCAAUCAGUCACUGUUUGCUGGACUGGAGGCUGCCGCCAAGGAAGCACCGUCUGAUCAAGUGGCUUUGAAAGUACCGGAAUUUCGACAGGAAUAUACACUAAAAUAUAUUCUCGAAAGGGCUAACACGAUAGCUAAGAGUUUGGUAGAAAUAGGACUGAAGAGAGGUGACGUUGUCAUGUUGAAUGGUGUAGGGGAUGGCGAGUACAUCACGCUAUACUACGCAACGGUGUCGUUGGGAUUACAGUUUUAUGUUCCUACGAUGCGGUACCCGUUUGAGAAAUUCUUUCCUGUCAGUUUAAAGACAAACCCGUCGGUGAUAUUUGUCGGAAGCUUAGUUAUACCGGAAGUAAAGGUUUUAUUAAACGACCUCGUUGUGAAGAAUAGUGAUAUCAGACCUUCAAGUUUGAUAGGUGUCGUGUCUUUGGAAGGAAAAUGUGAUUUCGGUUACAUAUCGUAUGCUGAUUUCCUGGUCUCCGGCGUGGCAGUAUUGGACGAAACACUCUCCACCUUAAGGUCGCUUGUUAGUUGUGAAGAAUCAGCCAUUAUCCUGACGACAUCUGGUACAACAGGUGAUGUGAAGUUUGUUUGUCGGAAUCAAUUCUAUAUGGUAAAUUUUGCAAGAUUUUACAACAGGCGCAAUCCAAGAAAUUUGCCUGAGGUAGCCGGCGUUCGGAAUCCCGUCACUGACGAUGCCAUGUGUGUUAUCAAGUGUACAGAAGUGGUAUAUAAAUGGCGGACCAUGCACGUGGUGUUCGUGCCCUCUGACGUCGACUUCUACAUGAGCGAUAUUAGCUGUUUGAUGCGAUGCAUAGAGCAGGAAAGACUUACCUGGUACAGCGGAUAUCCAUACGAAAUUAUUAAGAUGUUGGAUGCUCCCGAUCUCAAUCGUUACGAUAUAUCUUCACUAAGAGCUGUUGUAGUGACCGGGCAAAGUGUGAGUAGCAGCAAUCUCAACAGAAUCUGCGAACACUUCCCAGAUACCAUGAUUGCAUAUGGCUCCACCGAAGUCCAGGCCACCAUGACGUCGAAAUUAUAUUCUACACCCGAACAGCAAAGAAAUUCUGUCGGCUUUCCUCUACCACACAUGGAGUUGAAGAUUGUUGGUAAGUGUGGCGAGACGCUGGCUGUUGAUGAGAUCGGCGAGGUUUGUGUUCGUGGAUGGGCAUCGUUUCUCUGCUACUUCAAUGAUCCAGCAACGACGGCUGCUGUCAAGGGCAACAGUAACUGGAUCCAAAUGGGUGACGUUGGAGUUAUGGAUAAAACAGGCCAUGUAAAAUUACUUGGGCGUAUGGCAGAGUGUGUGACGUUCAAACAUAUGGGCGAGAAAGUGUUUCCACAGCUAAUAUUGGACACAGCAAGGUCUCAUCCGAAGGUCAAAACAGCUAUCGUGAUCGGGAUUCCUGACGAUAGGCUAGGCGAUGAUGUAUGUCUCUUCGUUGAGCCAACAGAGGCAGCAAUACUUACAGAGGAGGAGAUAGAAUCCUACUUUUAUGCUAAGCUGAUGUUUCUGCAAUGCCCACUGUACUAUUUCGUACUAGAGAAACUACCAAGAAUCGGUGCUCGUCUUAAGGUACAUAUAGCAAAGCUCAGGGAAAUAGCAACAGAAAGAAUCGCAACAAAUAACAAGGAAGGACAAUGGAACAGAUAAAAGUCUGCUGAUUUUGAUGAUCGGUGUAUUCCAUCUCUCUCACUCUCUCUCUCUCGGAAUGAUAUUUCUACUCCACGUCUCAACGUUAACUUAUAAUCAACAUUUUAUUUUCUUCUUCCAACUCGUUAUUAUGAUUUUAUUUUAAGCAAUGUACACAGUAUGGCAUUUAAUCGAAUUGACCUAGUAUAGCAGUAACAAAUAUAUACUGAUUUUUUUAUCUGAUA